AAACAAAGAGUAUUGUUGUACUUCGAAACACGAUACUUCGCAAAGGAAGAAAACUUUAGCGAUUCUGCAACUUCAAUGGUGGAGGUGGUCAGUGAAGGUCAGGAAAUCAAGUAACGUGUUAAAGAGAACAUCGCAUGUCAUGAGGCAAGACUUCCAAAGGGUCUGUGAUAAAAUCUGUCGAUAAAAAAGAGCCGACUGGGACUUCGUGCAACCAGGAGUCGCCUUCAAAAAGAGUCCAUUUUGCUUCAGAUCCUCAUAUUGAGGAACUCGAGACCGAGGCUGAGGACCCAGAGAUGGACACAGAUAAAGAGCCAGGAAGUACCAGCAUUGCUCGGGUCCCUUCAUUUUAUAUCGGAAAGCCGCUAAAAGAUUAUGAUGCUACUAAUGGAAGGAUCCCCAGUAAUCAUACUUUUCUUGUAAUUCGUCGUCGGGGAGCCUCACGAGCUGAUCACGUGUACAGAUUUAACAAGGCAAAGGCGUUGGGUCUACUAGAACCUGUCAGUCCCGUCAGGCAGCUGGCAAUUAGUGUCGUUACCAAUAGAUAUUUUGAAUCAUUCGUUAUCCUCACCAUUCUCGCCAACUGUGUGUUCCUUGUAGUUGAAUGUGCACCAGAGGAAGCUGAAUAUGUUUUCUGUGGUAUUUACACCUUGGAAAUGAUGCUAAAGAUAUUGUCACGUGGAUUCAUUUUUCACACUUAUGCAUAUCUCAGGGAUGCAUGGAACUGGCUAGAUUUUAUUGUGGUUGUCUUAGGGUACAUCACUGUGGCUCCCAACAUUGCCAAUUUAACAGGCAUCAGAACAGUUCGUGUUCUUAGAGCCCUUAGAACGUUCUCUGCCAUGAAAGGUCUCCGAGCGAUGGUGAACACCUUACUCCGUUCUUUGAAGCUUUUGAGUGAUGUCUUAGUUUUGUUUUUGUUCUUUCUCGCUGUCAUGGCGCUAAUCGGUCUACAACUAUUUUCUGGAGAGCUCAGGAACAAGUGCAUUCUUAACACACCAUUCAAUGGCUCCCUGAGCAUGCAGGAACGAGCCCUAAACCAAAGCUUUUGGUUGAUUCAUGAAGGCGAGCCUUUGAUUUGUGGAAAUUCUUCAACUGCUGGAUCAUGUCCAUCUAAUUACACGUGUAUGCCUCACGCUGGUCCAAACCCUGAUCAUGGUUACACGUCAUUUGAUAACAUUGGUUGGUCGUUGGUCAUGGCUUUACAGAUACUAACAAUGGACUUCUGGGAGAACGUAUAUGAUAAGAUCAUCAGGGCUUCAGGAGCACUUUAUGUGCCAUAUUUCAUGACUGGAAUAUUCUUCUGUUCGUUCUACCUGAUGAAUCUGGUUUUGGCUGUGGUAUAUUUGUCGUACGAACUGGAGCUGUGUUCGGAGGAGAAAGAGAGAGAAAAAAGGACACAUCUGAGAAAAACCGGAGCUUCUUACGAAGCUGAUCAAGUAACGCUUCAGCGUCUAAGCCCCCUGGAUGGAAGCAAGCCUCCUCUCAUUAUAACUAACAACACCAAGGAAGGACGUACCGAUGAAACCCCUCUGCAAUCGUUGCCCAAAGAAGAUGAAAGAAAAAGCUCCACGUUACGCCAUUGCCUUAUUCCAGCUUGUGUGCAGCGAGAUGACUGGAGGGUUUCCAAAGUGCAAUGUAAAGUUGUUGUUCGUACAAACUCCUUUUGGAAGAACUUACGCGAACGCAUGCGUGAUAUUACUACUCACUCUGCCUUUGAUGCAGUCAUUGUGGUGCUGAUACUCCUAAACACUAUAGUUCUGGCCCUGUAUCACCAUGGCAUCGAUCCAAAGUUUCGUCAGGUCUUGGACUACGUGAACUUGGUUUUCACCGCGUUGUUUGCAGUUGAGAUUGUUUUUCGUUUGAUCGCCAUGGGACCCAUGGGUUUUAUCCGCAGCAGGUGGAACGUCUUCGAUACUACUGUCGUCACAGGUAGUUUAUUGGGGUACUUCUACAAAUCUGCUGAGGGGCUUAGCAUAUUUCGAACACUGAGACUGGUUCGAGUGCUUUGUUUAGCUAAGUCAUGGAAGACAAUGGAAAGGCUCAUGAAAGCCAUCGCCAGGAGCGUAGGACCAGUUGGAAACAUUACACUGAUACUCAGCGUUGUAAUCUACAUCUUUGCCGUACUGGGAAUAAAGGUGUUUGGUAAAGCUUAUACGGUGGAGAAGUUUGGCGAAGACGGAAUACCUCGCUGGAAUUUCAACGACUUUUGGCACGCAUUUAUGAUGGUGUUCAGAGUGCUGUGUGGGGAGUGGAUUGAGCCCCUGUGGGACUGCAUGAGGGCCACCAGUGCAGGACAGGCGACACUAUUCUUUCUUACUGUUCUUGUUGUGGGAAAUUUCAUAGUGCUUAACUUAUUCGUAGCUCUCUUGGUGAAUGCGUUUGACUUCAGAGAGACCGAUAAUGAGCCAAAUGACGACACAGAGACUGCAGAUGGUCCGUCAAAAUGCUCUUUGGGGAUAAGGAAAGCCUUCCAAACAAGAAAAUCUCGAUUGUUUGUAGCAAAGUACCGGGAACCGUUUCGCCUCUACGAACUGCAGGUUCUGGAAAGUAGCCGCUUUUCCAGCAAAGAUACCGCGGGCCGCUUAGCAAUAUGCGAAACCGCGGAUCACCGUGAAGAAUCAAUGGCUGAGGAUGUCACUUUUAAAGACCGCAAAAUUGAUGAAGAAGAUGCAAAUACCAUCAUGGUGAGAUCUGAGUCUGAACCCGUACACAAAGCAAACUUGCCAACCUCACAAUUUCAGCAACAUUCAACAGAGAACAAGGAAACUUUACCUGAGGCCAACAAUGGUCUUUCAGCCAACCGCCCCACGCGGUACAUGAUGGAAAUUGAUGACUGUCUGCCGGAAUAUUGCAUGGAGUGUCCACUGUGGAAACCAUUCUCCUCGCGACAUUUCUGCUGGCUUAAGUUCCGUUGCAGGGUGCGGGUUCUCGUGGAAAAGAAAUACUUCGAGUGGUUUAUUCUUGUUACAGUAUUCCUCAGCAGCUUUGCAUUGAUUUUUGAAGACGUUCAUCUUCACAAGAAGCCGAAGCUUGCAAAGACUUUGGAAAUAUGCAACUAUAUUUUCGCAGCCAUCUUCACUAUGGAGUUCAUUCUGAAAGCCAUUGGUUUUGGACUCAUCAAGUACUUUUCUUCCGCUUGGAACUGUCUGGACGCUUUUAUUGUUUCCAUCUCUCUCGCCUGUGUUUUCGAAAACAAGAACCUGUCUGUAUUUCGUUCACUACGCACAUUACGAGCUUUGAGGCCACUAAGAGCAAUCUCACGACUGGAAGGAAUGAGGGUUGUGGUAAAUGCGCUGUUCGCAGCUAUUCCAGGUAUUGGCAAUGUACUGCUGGUCUCUCUUCUUUUCUGGUUAAUAUUCAGCAUUCUUGGUGUUCAUCUUUUCGCUGGAAAGUUUUACAAGUGUGUGGACGCAGACAAAGAGCCUUUAUCCGCCCUCGUCAUCUCUAACAAAGAAGAAUGUCUCAAGCACCCGGGAGAAUUUCGCUGGGUGAAUUCUAAAGUGACAUUUGAUAACGUUUUUGCAGGAUUCCUCGCACUUAUGCAAGUGGCGACCUUUGAAGGAUGGAUGGAAGUUAUGAAAGACGCCGUCGACUCCACUGAGGUGGAUUUGCAACCUAUGUAUGAAAAUAACUUAGUGGCUUACAGCUUCUUCGUGGCCUUCAUAGUCGUUGGUUCCUUUUUCGUACUGAAUCUUUUCGUCGGAGUCAUCAUCGAUAACUUCAACACGUUAAAAAAGAAGUACGAAGAACUCAAUAGCAUGGGGAUGCUACUUACAGAUACGCAGAGAAAAUGGGUCUCUUUCCUGAAGGAAGCCGCCAAGAAAAAGCCACCGACAAGACAAAUUCGCCCGAAGGAUAAAUUAUUUGGCUUGUUAUACGAUGUGGUCACUGGUGACAAGUUCGAAAUUGCAAUUCUAACUGUGAUCAUGUGCAAUAUGGUAAUGAUGACGAUUCAACACUAUGGACAGUCUACCGAGAUCACCGGCGUAUUACGCGUGUCUAAUUAUGUAUUCACGGGGAUAUUUGUUCUGGAAGCCCUCGUCAAAAUUGUGACAUUAAGACUGCACUACUUCAAGAAACCAUGGAAUGUGUUCGACUUCAUCAUUGUUAUCAGCUCCCUUGUUGACGUAAUUCUCGACGAGUUCAAUGCGAGCGAUGGCACUGUCAGCCCCAGUCUUUUGCGUGUUCUCAGAAUCUUUAGAAUUGCCAGGUUGCUAAGACUAGUAGAGUUUGCCAAGGGAAUACGUCAGCUCCUGUGGGCUCUGAUGAUUUCGUUACCAGCCCUUUUCAACAUCGGAACACUGCUGUUCAUGGUUAUCUUUAUUUAUGCCAUCAUCGGUAUGUCAGCAUUUGGAAAUGUCAAACGAGAAGGCGAGCUCAACGAUGUCGUCAACUUUGAAACGUUUGGUACUUCGCUGUUGCUGCUGUUUCGUCUGGCAACGGGAUCGGGAUGGAACGACAUUAUGGACGCUUUGCUUCUAAAACCUCCAGAUUGUGACCCUAACUACAUGGGACUUCCUCACGGAAACUGCGGUUCUUUCGGCGCCAUCAUCUAUUUGGCCAGUUACGUUAUUGUGGUGUUCUUGGUCAUUGUUAACAUGUACAUCGCCAUCAUCCUCGAGAAUGUAAACCGCGCUCACGAGAUCGAAGACUUCUGCAUCACCAAAGAGAAUUUUGACAGUUACUACACCACAUGGGGUACGUUUGUUCCAGACGGGAAGCCUUACCUACCUUUGGAUCGUCUUUCGGAGUUCGUGGAUUCUCUUGAAAAACCGUUCAAGAUACCUCAGCCUAACGCAGGUGAAUUGAGGCUUCUGGAUAUUCCAGUGCGCGCUGGUGAACUUAUUCAUUGCUUUGACCUGCUCAAGGCACUAGUCCGACGUGUCUUGGAAGAGCAUGGUGAGUCGCCUGAAGUUUUCAAGGACAUAACUGUGAGAAUGGAGGCUAGCUUCAAUAAAUCUUUUAUAACACACAAGAGAAUCUCUUCGUUUAGUGGCUCAACUAAGACCAAGCUGAGCCUAGACUUAAACGAAACAGUUACUUAAUACAGUUUUGGUAAGACUGCACUUGCUAGCUGAUGCUAUGUGUUCUUUCGCUGAAAACAGCUUUGUUGAAUUAUAACGCCCAGACAAUGGGUUAGCCCGAUGUGUGUUGUCAACACAGCGGAGGUAUCUUAUGUCCAACAUGGAUAUAAAGAAACAUUUUGCAAUCUGCCGGCCUCUUUAACUAUAAAUUCAAGGCAGUGGAUUUAGUCGAGUCAAAGUCCUUCCACGAAAGAACUAGAUAAUGAUUUAUCCAGACUUGACUCGCGAAAAACUUGAUUCUAAAUUUACUUCUAUGACAUUUAAAAACAACCGUAAUCUCUGCACUCUCUGAGACCUUUUGGAAAGAUGGGGAAUUUGCGCUUUCUCUGUUUUGAACGAGGGAAUGGAGUUUGUGUACGUUUUUCGCUACGUUUUAUCGCUUUUACCACCUAUGUUAGCAUUGCCGUGCUAUUUGUAUAGACCCCCCCCCAAAAAAAAAAUCGCUGUUACAAUUAGAAUAGGGCUAAUUUUUUGCUUUGGUACCCGUUCACAAAGGUUGAAGGAAGUUAAGUACCAAUUUCCAAAAUUUCAAGUGCAUAUUUCAUGCUAAUGGUAACCGCUCAACAAUUCAAAAUAUACUUGCGUAUACAUAUUAAACUUUCUUUCUUACUUUAAAUGUGCUUGGUCAGCCAAGAAGAAACGGUUGCAAGGUAGAUGAGGAAUAGUGUCAAAGCAUGAAGAAAAUUUGUAACAUUAACUUGUUUGUUAACGGAAGAGUGUUCGUCUCUUAACGGUCCGAGUUUUGACGUGCGUUAUCGCUGAGUAUAUUUACGAGCUGAGUCGUAUUUCGACAAGCACACAAGGCGAGUCAUAGCUAAAACAAAGACUAAAAAUAAUGAGCGAUACUACAAACCAAAACGUCAGAUAAGUAAUUUAUUACCUACCUGCUUUUAUUGGGGGCUAAGAUAUCACCGAUAAGGUUCGUAAAUUUUACUUAACAGGUUCUGUUAUGUAUUUUCCUUUUUAGUUUUUUAGUUCCAUCGUAUUCACAUUUAUUUGCUUUAAUUUUGUGCUCAAGAACCGACUCUAAGGGAAAGGGCCGCUAUAAUUAUUCCUAACCGAGAGCGAGCUUAUUAUAUGAUUAAAAAGGAUAAAGUCUAAAUCCGUUUAUGUAUCGUUUGCAUAAUUUGUUCAUUUCAGUGCAGAACAGUCAUGUCUCAUUUUGGUGUAAAUUAUAUU